AUGUUUGCCGGUCUGCCGUAUGCGUUGAGCAAGAAUACCCAGGCUUACCAGGCCACCGCCAUCUCUUUCAUCCGCACGCUGGACCCCAACAACCAUGGUCUGGACUUUGCCAAGUGGCCGAGAUACUCUGAAGAGGGCUUGGAGACGUAUAACUUCAAGGAAAGCGGGCCUGAUGUGACCAGGGACGACUGGCGUGUUGAGGCUAUACAGUACAUCACCGACCACCCUGACUCUUUCUUGCUUUAG